AUGGCUACAAUUUACGUUUACAUGUACCCUUUACUCUUCUCUAUUCUAGUGUCCUUUUUCUUCAUAAAUUCUCUUGCACCAGUUGAACCAUCUAUCUUAUUUAGUUUCGAAAAAUUCGACACGAGCUUGCUUAAAUUCGACUCUAAAAUCGGCGUUUAUUGUGAUGCAAUGCUUGAUGUAGAAGAGUUGUCUAUUAAGAUGACUAAUGCCAAAAAAUUCAGUGGUGGUAUCGUAACGUACCAACAACCAAUUAAGAUAAUGGAAGAGAAGAAUCCCAAAAGAAAAGGCUCUUUUAGGACUCAUUUUUCAUUCUCUAUGUCCCCUGAAAAAAAUGAGUUUGGUAUUAUGUUUGUGAUGAGUUUACUUAAGGGUCUCCCAAAUGCUCUUACAAGGGACUUCAUCGGUGUCAAAAUUAACAUACGACAUGAUGAUACACAACUAUUUGGAAACUCGGAUGCGGCCAACCAUGUAGGACUUUAUGCUAGUACACCUCCAUGGGCUAAGUUUGCCAACGCCGCGGAUGCAAACUUAGUGCUGGAUAGUGGCGAGAGACUGCAGCUGUGGCUUGAUUAUGAAGCGAUCUCGAAACGAGUUGAAGUUAGGGUUGCACAAUGGGGUAAGAAAAGGCCGGUUGCUCCAUCGUUAUGGCUAUCAGUUAACUUGUCAAAGAUGUUUAAUACUCAAGAUGUUUUCCUAACAUUAGCCUCCAUAACUGGAAACUCCACUCAAGUAUGCAAGUUAUACUCGUGGAGCUUCGAGUUAACAACUUAA